CUAUCCUAAUUUAUAUUUCUCUUCUCUGCCUUUGUAUCGUCUAUUUAUUCGAAUGUUUUAUUGUCCUCUAUUGCGAUUUUGAUCCAUUUUUAUAAUCAUAUAUACAUAUAGCGGAGUACGUACACAUUUACGCUCACCUUAUAACAGAGGUCGCUGUCAUUUCACCUUGGAUUAUGUACAUGCAUUUUGCUUGGUUUUUCUUCCCAAUUGCCGCUGUUAUUAAGCCAAAUUUGCAAGAUUGGCAGGGAAAUUAGAGAACUAUCUGGGAUGAAAAGAAUCUUCUACGCUGAUUGGUGGAAAUAAACGUGUACUGGAUUCACAAACAUAUACAUGGAUUUGGCAGCAAUGAUAGAGGUUUAAUUUUAUACAUCUAAUCGAUAUUAUUUCCAAAUUUCUAGUACCAUAUUUCGAAUCAUUUUAGUUUUUUUUGUUGUUUUUUUGGGGGUUGUUUUGUUUUUAUUGCAUGAUCUAAUAAAUAAGCAUCUUAUAUUAACUCAUCGAUAUGAUUCAAAGAAUUUUAAAGAAAAAAAGUUAAUGAAAUAAUAAUUCAUAUAGCAAAUUUUAAGAGCGGCAUUAGCCUUCGUAAACAACGUUCCGAUUAUUGUGGCAUCGUGAAAUUUUGAAACAAUAUUUUAAAACUAUGUCUAAUAAAGAGAAUGGUGAAUUCAAAUGAACACUGUGAAAUUUGAAAUAUCCUGAUAAUUAUUUAUGGGAUAAAUAUGGCUCUUUGUGAUCCCUUAAUAAGAUUAAUUGUUUUAAAAGUUAUAAUUGGAUUUAUUGUUAUAUCAACUGCCGAAGGAUAUUGUGAAUGUAAUACACACGAAUGCUUUUGCGAAAAUUUAUCCUAUAUACCAAAGUUCCCAGCCAACACGACGAUUGUAAAAAUUAUAAAUCCGACAUUUUCGAAAUUUGAUUCUAAAACCUUGUGGAACUUAACUACUAUACAUUUAACAAAAUUGUCAUUUAUAGGAUGUGUAUUUCGAAAUGCAACUGAAUAUGUUUUUGCAAAAUUGAUCCUCCUAGAACAUCUUAAUUUCAAGCUGUGUAAAUUGACCCAACACACCUUGCAACAAAUCUUUCGCAGUAUUUCAAGUAUCAAUAUAACUUCGUUAGAAUUUGAUGGAGUCAACAAAAACAACUGGUCAUUCCAAUUUUUACAAGACAUUACAAAUUACAAUAUUAAUAGAUUUUGUGUAAGGAGAUCCAAAAUAAAAGUAUUUAACGGUAGCGAGCUUCUACCCUUAAAGAAUUUAAAACUACUUGAUUUAAGAUUUAAUAGCAUUACUAAAGUUGUAUCUUGGGGAACACACCCAUUUCUAACAGCUCUGAAUUUAUAUGGAAACUUCAUAUGCUAUAUGGUUCACUUUGUGGAUACUAGCGGAAGAAUCUCAUUUCCCAUGUUGGUACGUUUAGAAAUCUCUUUAUAUCAUUGGCAUAUUCUGGCCAUUGGAACAUUCAAAGGACUGAAUAAGGUAAAAACAUUAAGCAUCAAUGCUCCGAGUUUGCGCUUAAUUAAGCCAAAAGUACUGACUUCUUUAAAAGAAUUAGUAAACUUUUCCCUCACUUCUAGGAAGUCACGCUUAUUACAAUUGGGCAAACAUGCAUUUCAGAGUACAACUUUACGUUCGCUGACAUUGAGAAAUAUUACAUUAGAGAUCCCAAAAUCAAAUUUGAGCGGUAUAUUUAAAGCAUGCCGGAAUAUCACUUCACUGAAAUUUCAAGCUGUAUCCAUCAAUGGAAAUGCAUCCAUAAAUGAUCUUUUAAAGGAUUUAAAAAACCUUGAAUAUUUAGAGCUAACAAGAAAUAUCAUGAGAAAUGUUCCAGAUUGUGUAUGCGAUAUGAAAAGGCUUCAUACGCUUAUCCUUUCGAGAACAUGGAUAAGAAAAUGGCAAACUACUAACUGCACUGUGAUGAACAAUUUAAGGGUAUUUUCAUUGUCGUAUAAUAAAAUAUUUAACGUUAAUAAGACCUCUUUCUCUAAAGCUCUCUUCUCUAAUACGAACCUUAAAUGGGAUCUUUCCCAUAAUUCUUACAUGUGCAACUGUCGAAUACUAUGGUUUAGAGACUGGAUGAAACGAAAUCCAGCGCGAAUUUUACAUUAUCCUAAAUCAUAUUUAUGUCACAACCCUGCUCCAGUGAGAUUCAUCCAGAUUGCUAAAUACUAUGUUUCGUGGGAUUAUUGUGCAAGCAUAUCGAAGCCAUCGCCCAUAGCUGUGUCAGGUUGUGUGCUUGGAACACUUUCUGUUAUUUUUAUCAUCACUGGACUAGUGUCGUAUAUAAAAAGAUGGUCGAUACGAUACUGGAUUUAUCUUGUUUUUGCAAGGAGAAGGAAAUACCAACUUCUUGAAUGUACGAGUGAACAUAAUUAUGAUGCGUUUGUCUGUUAUUCCGGUUCCGAUGUUGGAUGGGUUACCAAAUACUUACUUCCAAUACUCGAAGAAGAAAACCAUCUUCACCUCUGUUUGCAUGACAGAGAUUUUGCAGUUGGCAAUGAUAUUAUUGAUAAUAUUAUAGAUAGUAUUCAGCAGAGUCGUAAAGUGGUGCUGGUAUUAUCUUCUGAUUUUGCGCAAAGUCAAUGGUGUCAAUUUGAGACUAGUCUUGCACAGCAACGGUUAUUUGAAGAGAAACAGGAUAUAAUCGUACCAAUACUUCUUGAAGAAAUACCGACUGAAUUACAGACCAUGAGACUGGCUCUACUACUUAAACAGAAAACGUACUUAGAAUGGUCCAGUGAAAGACGUGGUCAAAUGAUGUUUUGGGAACGCCUCGUUGAAAUUCUCCUGGAAACAGCAACAUACAAGGAAAUUUAAAUACAAAGUAACACCGCAUUUUGCAACACUUUUCUUCUGUUCGCUUCUUUUGCUUUUGGCAUUACCAAUUUGUUAUUACGUUUGUUCUUAAGAAACAUAUUUUUUCUUUUAAUAGUAUCGGUGAAAAACCGCUGAUUUUGUUUCGUGCCAAAUUUAUUUUCAGUUAUUUCUUAGACUUUUUACUGACGUAUGUUCGUUUUAUAUCAUUCAGUGAGUUUUCAGCUGUAUUUUUUUAUAUCUAUUUUAUCAAAUCGAAAAAUAUUUCCAAGAUAUUUUUAUCAUCUGGACUUCAUCUAAACAUGAUUAGGCUGUACCUAUAAUAAACUUUCUAUCAUUUUACAAAUCAUUUUAAACGGCGAGCUGGCUUAAUCGUUAGAGCGUCAG